AUGUACCAUUUAAUUAGAUAGUACCUCUCUGCCUCCACCUGUACUCAGACCAUAACUCAACUCCUAGAGAUUAAUAUAUAAGAAAAACAGAAAAAUACACAGGUACAACUUCCAUUCAAAAGUUUUAAUCUCUUAUCCUCACCAAAGCUGCAUUUAUUAAAAACUGCAGUGAAAUUGCAUUGACUUAAAAUACAGUAAAAACAGUAAUAUUGUGAAAUAUUGUUACAAUUUAAAUUAGCUGUGCUAUAUUUGACUAGCCUAUAUUUAAUAAUGUAAUUUAUUCCUGUGAUGACAAAGCUGAAUUUUCAGCAGCCAUUACUCAGCCUUUUAAAAUGUACCUUUACUGCUCUGCUAUCCAGACAGAAGGAAGAGGUUAUUUUAAAAAAAAUAAAAAAAAUUGUCCCGUUUGUCAACACUGUCAGAUACCUAUGAAAACAUCAAAAAAAAGAAAAAAAAAAAAAGAGUAGGCUAACCUAAGAUCAAUUGUUUGUUUCAUAAUUGUAUUCAUAUUUUCUGUCACUGUCAUGUCAAAUGUCACUCAAAUAGCAGUCUAAGUGUGUUAUUUAUAUAUAUAUAUAUAUAUAUAUAUAUAUAUAAUUUCCCUCAUUUUAAGCGGGUCCUAGAAGGUUAUUUUGUCAAAAGUUGUCAGUUUAAAGGAUGAAGCUAAAAAUCAGUCUGAAAUCAUCCUGGAGUCUCAAUUUAUUCAUUAAUUGCAUGUAAGUGAAUGUUAGCCUACAUUUGCCAAUAUUUCCAUAUUUGACAUGAUUUUAGUGUCUGAUGGUGUCCAAGUUAAGUUACUCAAAUAAGGACUAAAGGUGCAUCUGUCAAUGAUUUUACAAGUCAUGUCAAAUGACUAAAAAUGUCUUUUGCGCCUAUCUGAGUACUAAGUAGCCUAUGUUAUCUCAGUAAAGUGAACCGGUCUGUUAAACCAGUUCUCAUGUCUUUUAAUUCGUCGGGCUGACUGAUUUCGCACGCGCACUUGUGUUUUAUAAAUAGGCUUAAGGUAAAAUUACAGUAGUUACAAUAGUGCACAUGACUUGACAAAAGUUGCCGUCAUGUAUCGGACUCUUUUGUGGAUUUUGCUUCUGACUGUGCUGUGUUCAUUUGCGCGAAAUGAAAAGAUCAGUCCUGCUGUCGUUGAUGAGCAGCUGCUCUGGGUAGGUGGUCAAACUGGGGAAGUUCACACCUACAGGAUUCCCCUGCUCACUUUCACUUCUCAGGGGAGUCUGCUGGCUUUUGCAGAGGCCCGGAAGAUGUCCUCCAAAGAUAUCGGAGCCAAGUUCAUAGCUUUAAGACGCUCCACAGACAGAGGUGCCACCUGGUCUCCCACCUCAUUUAUAGUGGACGAUGGUUCUCUAGCAGAUGGGCUGAACCUAGGUUCGGUAGUUGUGGAUGAGGAAACUGGUGCCGUGAUACUCAUCUACUCGUUGUGCUUCCACCGCCACCAUUGCAAACCCUCCAGCACCAUGAUGGUGGAGAGCCUGGAUGAUGGAUUCACCUGGAGCGCCCCACGAAACCUCAACCCUCAACUGGGGAUCAAGAGUUUUGCUCCUGGACCUGGCUUCGGUAUACAGAAACAUCAUCCACCUGCUACUGGGCGUCUGGUGGUGUGUGGCCAUGGCAGCAUCGCUGGAGACGGAGUGUUUUGUAUUCUGAGUGAUGAUCAUGGAAACACAUGGAGAUACGGAGCUGAACUGAAGAGUAUUCCAUACAACCAGCCCAAAAACAACCUUGACUUUGAGCCAGAUGAGUGUCAGCCAGUGGAGCUGGAUGACGGCAGCAUCGUGAUCAAUGUGCGUAACAAUAAGAACUAUCACUGCCGUUGUCGUAUGGUUGCACGCAGUCUGGAUGGAGGGGAGUCUCUGCCGGUGGAGGAGCUGGUGUUUGAUCACACACUGGAAGAUCCUGCUGUUGCAGCUGGAGCGUUAGAGAAGGAAGGAGUGCUCUACUUCACCAACCCAGCCAACUCUAAAAGCAGAGUCAACCUCACCCUUCGCUGGUCUCUGAAUCACGGUAAAUCAUGGGUGACAGAUACUCUCAAGAUCUGGGCGGGGCCAAGUGGAUACUCUUGCAUGACAUCACUUAAAGGCAAUGAAACUGAGGAUCAUAAAUACAUCUAUGUCAUCUUUGAGAAAGGCCAGAAAGACUAUUUUGAGUCCAUCUCCUUUGUGAAAAUUGACUUGUACAGUGACCAAUGAAGAAAGGCAUUGAUGGGCUUAUCAAAAAGGUGUUGUUUAAAAAACAAGUGUGAUUUGUCUCUAUUUUUUAAAUAAUAUGUUUUAAAUUAAUUCAUUUUAAAUGAUAUGUUUUAAUAAAAUUGAAAUCACUGUUAUUUGUCUUCCUUAGCUCACCUCACCCGUCUAAUCCCGACUGUCUUUUAUCUCUCUUAUAGCUUGACUGUAUGCAGAGCCAUACACAAAGCUUUUCUAAGGUUGUAAAACCUGAUUUUUGCUUUUGCUGAUUGAUGACAUUGUUGGAUUAUCUCUUUUGUGCCUAUUAUGUUGUUGUGAUGAAAAAACAUAAAGUGAAGGAAGACACAGAGAUGUAUUUUAUUUAAUAUGGAAUUGAAUGUGGUUGCUUUUUUUAAAUGAGAGACUCAAUAGCGUAGGCCUGUGACCUUCUGUGGGUGCAGCAUUCGAAAUGAGACAGAUAUAAUGUUUUUUUGUUGUUGUUGUUGUUGUUGUUGUUUUUUUGCAGUUAGGUCCAGUCUCUAACUGCACCAAAAAAAGCAAUCACAACUACAUACCAACUUUUGAGGAAAUGAUACAGUCCAUAAUGACAUUUAACCUCACUCCCAGCUAACAGGGAAAGUACCCAUAACUUUCACUAACGUUUUUUAAAGGUUAUGUAAAUGCAGGAACAAAAUGCUCUUUAUAACAUUUUUGGAAUAUUCUUAUAACAUUAUAUACAUCAUGUUCCUAGCAUUCUUGGAAAGUCUUUUUGAUGUUAUUAAUAUUUGUUUUUCAGAAUGUUUGCAUAAAACGUGAGAACAGUUGUGAUGAAACAUCCUUACUGUGUUAUUUGUCAAAGUGUCACAAUUAUGUUCAGUUUAGUUUUGUUCACAUACUUUUAGUUUGUAAUUCUUCAGUUCCUGUGUUGCUUUGUUUGAUUUUCCUGCCACUAAUCUGUUACCAUGGACACUAUCAUCACAGCUGUUUGUCAUUUAGCUCAUCAUCAGUGUGUAUUUAAGUUCCUGCUGUUCACUUAGUAUUUGUCAGGUCAACAUUAUGUUAAGUAUGUUUGUUCCUGCCUGUUCGUGUGCCUUGUGGAUUUAUUAUUAAGCUUUGUGUUUUGGAACUGCAUUCCUGCACACACCUGUGACACAAAGUCAAUUUUUUUUGUAUAGUGCUUUUCACAAUACACAUUGUUUCAAAGCAGCUUUACAGAAAAUCAUUAUGUUAUAAUAUCUUAAUAUCUUUAUGCUUUAUAGUCGCAUUUAACGUUCUUAGAACUUUGGCUAACGUUCUAAAAAGGUUGUCUCAAAGUUAUGAACAAACUUUCUUCCUGUAACGUUAACGUUCGUUCCAAGUUAUGUUUUGUUUAUGUUUAUGUUUUUACAAUGUUUUAGUUGGAUGCUCAUAUAACAUUUUUUAUUAUCAUUAAACAGAAUGGAAGAGAAGAGAACAUUAAGUCACAAGUCACAUGCGUAAGGAACAAUGAAUACAAGUUGUAUAUGAAAUACACAGGCAAGCAGGUAUAAUACACUGACUUCAUUAAACAUAAUGCAUUACACUAAGCAA